UCCCAAAAUAUUCAGCGGAUCCUCUGCGGCGGCCAUGAUCAUCUCCCGCGCAUAUAAGAUGGACAAAAUUCGCGCCACUCGAGAAAGAAAAAUAUUGGCUAACGCUAAAAUGCCAACCGAAUCCAGCCGGACCGGACGGGACGGGACGACGAGGACGCAGCAAGCUGAAAAUUCGCUAGUACUCCACGAAGGAAGCUUCCGCGAAGCUCACUUCCUCCUUCCCUAUUUAUCCAGCCCCCGCCUUCUUCUCCUCCUGUCAAUCUCUCCAUCAACCUCGCGUAGUGUCCUGCUUUCCUGCAAGUGCUCCCUGUGCGCCAUUGUUCGUUGUUUGUUUGAGGUCGAGAUGAAGCUCUCUAUCCAGUCGCUGGCCAGGAAGCUGUCCCCGAAGCGGUCGGGUUCCGGGAAGAAGAAGGGGGGAGGCGUUGGGAUCUCGAGGAGCGAGGCGCCGUCGUUCGCGUCGUCUUCGUCUUCAGAGGAGGCGAGUUCGGCGGCGGCGCCGAGCCCGAGGUCGGUGCUGCUGCCGCCUCCGGCACCGGCGGCGGUGGCGGAGAUCUCGCGGCGGGAGCUGGAGGCGGUGCUGCGGCGGCUCGGGCACGGCGAGCCGUCGGACGACGAGCUGGACGCGGUGGCGGCCAUGGCGGCGUCCGGGGACGCGGCGGGGGCGGAUUCGGAGGAGGAGCUGAUGGACGCGUUCAGGGUGUUCGACGCGGACGGCGACGGCCGCAUCGACGCCGAGGAGCUCCGCGCCGUCAUGGCCGCCAUCCUCGGCGACGGCGGCGCCGGCUGCAGCCUCGACGACUGCCGCCGCAUGAUCGGCGGCGUCGACGCCGACGGCGACGGCUUCGUCGGCUUCCAGGACUUCUCGCGCAUGAUGAUGAUGUCCUCCUCCUCCUCCUCUUCCUCGUCCUCUUAAUUUCUUCGGCUUCAAUUUUUGUUUGGCGAGCGUCAAGAGGAAGAAGAAGAUGACCACCAUCCGCCACGCGGCAACUAGCUGUAGUACUAUGAAAUACUCGUAUGAAUGACUAGGUGCUCAUCUUCAAGAACACCACCAACAAGGAAGGAAAUUUCCUUCCUUGAACAACCACUACCAGCGGCAGCUAAAAGAAACUCGAGUUGUAAAAUUUGUUGAAAUGAGCACCGAGAGAGAGUUUAAUGAAUGGCAAAUUAAGGGUGAUGGAUGCUUGACGGUUAAAAUUUGGUUUUA